AUGUUGGAGUACACUGCUGUUGUAUACUCUUUUGUGGUAAUGGUCGUUGUAGUGGUUACUGCUGUUAUUGUUUUUGCUGCUGCUGCUGCUGCUGCUGCUGCUGCUGCUGCUGUUGUUGUUGGCUUACGAAUGACGGAAAUACUUUCUAAUACCUUUCACCGAGAGGCUGCCACCCCGAGUGGGUUGGCGAUAUGGGAACUAGGGCCACUCGAUCCCCGAGUGUUGCGAUUGGCGUUUGGUGGAUGGGGGGAAGGAAACGGGCUGCCAGAUACCGCCACGGGUUUUGUGGCGAAGGUCGGGUUGUACAGUACAAUGGUUGAGGCUGCAGAUACCCCUCGCAGCCGGGACAUGGCGACAGGCGACAGGACAGGACGGUACAGUCACUACGACUAG